AUGCAGAUUUCCAACAUCAUCAUCUCCGCGCUCCUUGCCGUGCCGGCGCUGGCUCAAGGCAAUUCCGGUGAGCCAAGUGCCACACCCAGCUCAUCGCCAUUAAACCCCUCGGCCGUUGCAAGUUCGUUGUCCUCCGUCUCAUCAGAGAUCGCCGCAUCACUUGCCUCGAUCUCAAAUUCGGUAUCGAAUGUUGCCGCCUCAGCCUCCAAUUCAGCCGAGAACGCCCAAGAAUCCAUCGCCGCAAGCUUCAGCUCUGCUAAGUCAGCCUUUUCAGCAACCCUUUCCAGCCUGAGCUCAGAAGCCGCCACCGGCAACACUGGAGCGGCCGCCAGUCUCUCCUCGUUGACUUCGAAUGCGGACAACAUUCUGGGAAGCAUCACUACCGAAGCCGCGUCCGCCCUGAGUGCAGCCACAAGCCAGGCAGGCUCAGUCGCGUCUCGCGCAUCUUCAGCUCUGAGCUCUGCGACGGCGACUGCUGCCUCUGCCACUGGCUCAUCUACCACCAACGCUGCUGCUGUUGUGCCGACCGGCUUCGGCCUGGCUGGGGCUGCUUUGUUGGGUCUUGCUGCCUUCUUGUGA